AGCUAAGUUCUUUAAUGAUGCAAAAAAGCACUCAAAAGGGUUUUGAGAAGAGACAAAGGAGGGUACACACCACACCACUCUCUCUCUUGUGUUCUCUCCACUUUCUCUUCUUCUUGCUCUCUAGAGAUCUCUCUAUCUCUAUCUCCACACUGUGACAUUUUCUCUGAACGCAUCUAUGGCUGCUCUGGUUCUCUCACUUCUCCUUCUAGUUCUAGCCAUGGCUGACCAUUCUAGUGCCUCAUGGUGUGUGUGCAAAGGCCUGAGUGAUAAUGUGUUACAGAAGACCAUAGACUAUGCUUGUGGAAAUGGAGCAGACUGUAACCCCAUUCACCCAAAAGCACCUUGCUUUAACCCUGACAAUGUUAGGUCUCACUGCAACUAUGCAGUCAACAGCUUCUUCCAAAAGAAGCGUCAAGCUUCAGGCACUUGUGAUUUCAGUGGCACUGCCACUCCUACUAACUCCGAUCCAAGUUAUUCAGGAUGUACCUUCCCUACUAGUGCCAGUGGCUCUGGAGGCAGCACAACAGUGACACCUGGGACAACCAAUCCAAAAGGCAGCUCAAGCACCACCACACUUCCUGGUGGCAACAGUCCUUAUUCAGGAACCUCAACCAAUGGAGUUUUUGGGAACAAUAGCACAGGAGCCAACGGGACAGGAGUUAACCCGGACUACACGACGGAAAGCAGCGCGUUUGGUCUCAAGAACUCAAGCAAACUGCUCACCUUCCUUGUCUUGAUCGCUUCGAGUGGAUUCUGUUCUUUCUUGAUGCUCUAAGGAUGUUCAUGUUCCCCUGGUUUUGUUGUUGCAACUUAUUGUAUUAAGGACAUUGGUCUAGCUUAGUUGGUAAUCUAUCUGUCUGUGUGUUCUGAGUCUCUCUCUCUAUGUUAUGUUCUUGUUGUAAGAAGAUUUCAGCUCUUGCUUGUACUCUUACCACGUGAUGGUUUCUGGUAGAUUUGAUCGUAGUUAAAAACUUAUAUAUAAAUGUAUCUUGUCUC